CGCCGGCCUGCUGCUGCCCGUCUGUGGAAUCCGACCAACUCGACGCCGAGACCGCCGCCUUCAAGAUUAACACGCCGACGUCAACGUUCCACCCCUCCGCCUCCGGCUGUGCUUCUAGAGCACCCUGCCAUCGACGUAUCCUCGGACCCGCCCGAUCCUACUGGAGUAGUGGCUGGGAACUACCCACUCCUCAGUCUUCCCGAGCAGAGGCAGAACCGCCAUUCUGCCUCGACGAGUGCGAACCUCCAGAUCGAGGGCCGACGUAGCGGCGAUCAGAAAGUCAGUCUCCCAAGAACACUUCGCUACUCUUACGACGGGAAACGCCUUGCGCAGGCAUUACAACUACAAGAUACAGGGGCCGGACAGAGCGUGUCCAAUCGAGCUCGAGCACUGAGCUUCGGACUUGUUCGUCCAGAGAAGUCCACCAAAGGCAAAGGCAAAGCCGUCAUGGCACUCCCCGAAGAUGAAGAGCCGGGGAAGUCUUUUUCGAAGGACUUGGAGAGGGGCCCCAACGACCAUGAGUAUCGUCACAGUCGAGACAACAUGUCCCUGCCAGAAGACAUUGGGUCCGCCAUAUCCUCGAGCAACUCGUCUAUCAUGGGCGAUCCAGACCAACCAGAUAUUGGCGAGGAAUGGGGGCCACAACAUCCAUGCUUCCCACACCUGAAUCCACAUGUAUCAAUGGACUCGCCCGAAUAUACCAGCACCCGCAUCAUACGAAUCCGGAGGGACUGGCUCAUCGACGGAGAUCUAGCGCCCACCUUUUCCAACCUGUAUCCUGAGAUUUUGGACCCAGCUGGUAUCACGGAACAAGAAUUUCGUCGCAUAAUCGAGAAGCUCAAUGGCGAGCUGAUACUCAUAUUUAAUCCUUACUACUGGCGUAACAUUCUUGAUGGAGCUUUAGGCCUGCUCACAGGUUGGAUCUGGGACGAUAUAGGAUUCACGAAUGCCAAAACUAGGCUGCGAAAUCUUGAAUCAUGGAUCGAGAAAUGGAAUACGCAGAUGGAGAAAACAUUUGUACCUGAAGAGGGAAUUGCUGCGCCCAAGAUCAUCCCCCUGAGGCGAUCUGGAUAUAUGACGCUCGACAUUCAAAUACCGGAUCCGGAAAUCGCCCCAGCUGCUGCUAGUGAACCUGGGGUUUCGCGAUCGGGGCCCGAGCAAGCAGAUCCCGCUUCGCAACACGACGAUGGGAGUGUUCACUAA